UGACAGCCUGUUUCUUCUUCGUAUCCAGUUCUCCCACUUCCCUUAUUUUUGUUUCCUGUUUUAUUCUAAUCUUCCCUCAACUCUUUUAUACCGUUUACCUCUCCAUUCUUCAAUCAAUCCCUGCUUUUCUCAUCUCCACUUAACUGUUGCUCGUCAAAAGAGAAGAUAUAACUCAAUCAUGGAUCCAUGCCCCUUUGUGCGGAUUCUUAUUGGCAACUUAGCUUUGAAGUUUCCUGUUUUAUCUAGGUCGUCUUCUUCAUCGGAUUGUUAUUGUAGGAUCAAGUUGAAGAACUUCCCCGAUCAGGAAGCUCAGAUUCCUUUGAUUCAAGAGCAGAAAUCGACUCAAGAACCCAAUAUUUCUUCUUUGUCAAACUCUCUCGCUGCUUGUUUUAGUUUUAACAAGUCUCAAAUUGAAAAGAUCGUGGAGAUGGAUAAACGGUCGUCGAAGAUAUCUACUUUGAAGAUUGAUGUGUAUUCCGGCGGUGCCGGUGCGUUGUGUGUGACGGGGCAUAAGUUGUUGGGGCGGGUUUCCGUGCCUCUGGAUCUGCGUGGCGCAGAGUCCAAGGUUUCCACUCUCCAUAACGGAUGGGUGACUAUGGGAGGAAACAAGAAAUCGUCGUCCCCGGAAUUAUAUUUGACAGUUAAAGCUGAACCAAACCCAAGAUUCGUUUUUCAGUUCGGCGGUAAGCCGGAGUGCAGUCCUCAGAUUUUUCAGGUUCAAGGAAGUAUUAAACAGGCUGUUUUCACUAGCAAGUUCGGGCUACGAAACUCCGGUGGCGACAGAAAUUUGGUUUCCAUAUCAUCAAUGAAAGAAACGACUUCUCCGAGGAGUUUUCUGCCGAAAUUCGGAGGCGAAAAGGAUCAAUCUUCAAAAGAGAGAAAAGGAUGGUCGAUUACGAUACACGAUCUUUCAGGUUCCCCUGUUGCAAUGGCGUCAAUGGUGACACCGUUUGUCCCAUCCCCCGGUUCGGACAGGGUCAGCCGAUCAAACCCCGGCGCCUGGCUCAUUCUCCAUCCUGGUAACGGCACCUGGAAACCCUGGGGCCGUCUGGAGGCCUGGCGGGAACCCGGAUCCUCCGAUGCCCUCGGAUACAAAUUUGAUCUUUUCCAAGACGCUGCCACCACGACCUCUGCCUCCACCACGGUCGCCAACUCAACUCUCAGUAGUACAAAAGGCGGUAAGUUCAUCAUCGACACGGCUACAAGCCUCUGUGCAACCCCAGUAACAAGCCCACAGAACAGCAUCGAUUUCGGAUCCGGAUCAUGGUCGGGAUCCGGUUCAGGAUCCGAUUUCUCAUUCUGUUUGUUGCCGCCUCAGUUGAUUUAUAGAGGUUUCGUGAUGUCGUCCAUUGUGGGGAACAGUAGUAACCCGGAUGUGGAGAUCGGAGUGCAGCACGUGACAUGCAGGGAGGAUGCUGCCGCAUUCGUGGCACUAGCGGCGGCGAUGGAUCUGAGCAUGGAUGCAUGCAGGCCGUUUUCUCAGAAACUGAGGAAAGAGCUGAGAGAGCUGAGUCAGCAGAGAGUGGUCUAACGUGGGAUUGUGAUGUGCUUUCGUUUUUUUGUAUGGCAGUUAGUAGUUAGUGAGGCGUUGGAUUCUUUGGUAGAUAGGGGAUUGUUUUUAUUAACUAACAGGGCUACCAGCAGUUUAUCAGCUGGGAUUGUUUUGUACAGUGAGGAAUGAUAAUUUUUUUUAAUUAUUUAUUAGGGUUUGUGUCAUUGUUGGGUUUUGAUCUGAGAAUCCUAUGUUGAACUUGAAG